UCAUUUUUGUUUUUGUAGUAAUUUGUGAUUGAUUUUAUUGACUGCUUAAUGGUUUGACAAAUUGUAGACAUUGGAGCAGAUUGUUUUAGAUGGAGUUGAUAUGUUUUGUUUUCAACCUAUGCGUCACCGAGAUUGUUCCCAGGUACGAAGGUUAGCUGGGAUCUAUCAUUUGUCUAGCAGCUGCCAAGGUUCUGGCAAGAAAAGUUUUGUGACAGUGACACGAACACAGCACACUUGCAUGCCGUCUUCAAGUGAUAAACUUCGCUUGGAAAAGCUAAUUGGAGCUGGCAACGAGGAUGCUGACUUUGCUAUUAAUGAAGCUGUAAAUUCAAAAGCAGUGACUGCAGGCAGAGGCAGAGCAAAUAAGGUUGGAAAAGGGAGUGGUUUAAGCUUGCUGGAAUCCCAACAAUCUGCUCGAAGCAAAUCAUCAAAGAAAGGCAAAGGCAAUAACAAUGGUGAAGUGGGCGAGAAGAAACAGAGUGGGAAAAAGAGUUUAUAUGCCAAUCAGCCUGUCUCAUUUGUGUCAAGUGGCAUAAUGGAACCGGAUACUGCCGAAAAUAAAACUACAGAUUCUAAUUGUUUGCCGGAAGCUUGUGACGGUAAGGGAGUUGCUAGUUCAACAAAUUUUGGCGCAUUUGAGGUACACACCAAAGGUUUUGGAUCCAAAAUGAUGGCCAGAAUGGGAUUUGUAGAAGGCAGAGGGUUGGGAAAAGAUGGCCAAGGUAUUGCAGAACCCAUUGAAGCUGUAAAACGUCCCAAAUCCCUAGGGUUGGGUGUGGAUUUCUCUGCCUCAGAUGUUGCCGUGAAAGUCUCCAACACAAGUGUUGACUCAGCAGCAAGGGUUCAACAUAAAACAAUUGGAGCUUUUGAAAAACAUACCAAAGGGUUCGGAUCAAAGAUGAUGGCCAAGAUGGGGUUUGUUGAAGGCAUGGGUUUAGGCAAAGAUUCACAAGGAAUUCUCAAUCCUUUGGCGCCUGUAAGGCGUCCAAAAUCUAGAGGAUUGGGUGCCAAAGUAUAAAAGGCUAAUAACUAUUAUAACAUUCGCUUCAACAGAACAAUUUUAAGGUUAUGUGACUUGUGUCAAUGUAUUCUAGUUCUUUCAAUUUAGCUACAUUGUAAUUGUCAUUGUAUUGUUUGGUAUCCAUUUGAAGUUUGUGACAGGGAAACAAGUUUCUUGCUUGGUCAUGGAUCCCUAUGAGUUCAAGGGCUCAUUCUGUUUUUCUUCUAGUUUUUCUUUCUGGCUUCUUUGAAUAGAAAGAAACUUCUGCU